CCUUCCCUAUAUAACAUGAACGAGGCCUUCGCCAAUCGUCACAGGCAAUCCACCAUGGCCUCCCGAAACCUCUCCUCCCUCCUCCUCGUCGUCCUCCUCGUCUUCGCCUUCUCUGCCGGCUCCCACGCCGGCAGCAUCGCCGUGUACUGGGGCCAGAACGGCAACGAGGGCGGCCUUGCCGACACCUGCAACACCGGCAUCUACUCGUACGUGAUGCUGGCUUUCCUCACCACCUUCGGCAACGGGCAAACCCCCGUCCUCAACCUGGCGGGCCACUGCGACCCCCCCUCCGGCACCUGCACGAGCCUCAGCUCCGACAUCCGCGCCUGCCAGUCCCAGGGCAUCAAGGUGCUCCUCUCCCUCGGUGGCGGCUCCGGCAGCUACUCCCUGUCCUCCUCCGACGACGCCGCGAGCGUGGCAACGUACCUAUGGGACAACUACCUGGGCGGCUCGUCCAGCUCGCGCCCGCUGGGCGACGCCGUCCUCGACGGCAUCGACUUCGACAUCGAGCAGGGCGGCCCCGACCACUACGACGAGCUGGCGAAGCAGCUCUACGACUUUGGUAAUCAGGCGGGGACCAAGGUGUACCUCUCGGCGGCGCCGCAGUGCCCCUACCCGGACCAGUACGUGGGUAACGCGCUGCAGACGGGGCACUUCGACUACGUGUGGGUGCAGUUCUACAACAACCCCAGCUGCGACUACUCGUCGGGGGUCAGCGGCCUGAGCAGCGCAUGGGGGACGUGGACAUCGAGCUUGUCGUCAUCGGCCGUCUUCCUGGGGCUGCCGGCCUCGACGGACGCGGCCGGGAGCGGGUACAUCCCGCCCGACGACCUCACCAACCAGGUGCUGCCGGCUAUCAACACUGCGUCCAACUACGGCGGCAUCAUGCUGUGGAGCAGAUACUACGAUCUCAACAGCGGGUACGGCGCCGCCGUGAGGAACAGUGUUUGAGAUGGCGAUGUACUAACUACCAGAUGUGUGCUUCCGAUUACGAUGUCAUGAAUAAGGCGGGACACUGAUAGAAACGUCUUCCUGAUUGAUGUGACGUUGCGUCCCAAUAAAAUAAAGAUUGCGUGUUUUUAUGGAGACAUUGAUGUAGUCAAUGUAAUAAUACAUAAGUGAUAUAUCUUAAAUUGAAAUUUAGCUGUGAGCAUCA